AUGGGAUACUUCAAUAUUGCCUUAAUUGUUUGUUUCAUUACCUUUGCUGUACUUCCCUCAAUAUCCCAAGCUCAAAAUACUCCCCAAGAUUAUCUUAACGCUCACAAUGCAGCUCGUAGGCAAGUUGGUGUCGGCCCUAUGAGAUGGGACAAUAGGCUAGCAGCCUUUGCCCAAAAUUAUGCCAAUAAAAGAGCUGGGGACUGCAGGAUGCAACACUCUGGUGGCCCUUAUGGCGAAAACCUAGCCGCCGCUUUCCCUCAGCUCAACGCGGCUGGUGCCGUGAAGAUGUGGGUCGAUGAGAAGCAAUGGUACAAUUAUAAUUCGAAUACAUGUCAAGCUGGUAAAGUAUGUGGACACUAUACUCAGGUGGUGUGGCGUAACUCGGUACGUCUUGGUUGUGCUAGGGUCAGGUGCAACAACGGGUGGUAUUUUAUAACUUGCAAUUAUGAUCCACGUGGUAAUAUGAACGGUCAACGUCCAUUCCUUGCUCUUGAACACCAACCAGACUUUGAUUCCAAGUUGGAACUUCCAAUUGAUGUCUGAAUAAAUUAACCUUCAUAUGUUAAUUAAGGAAAAUAAAUCCAGUAGUACUAUGAUAUGCAUGUUGUAACUGAAGUUUAUAUGAAAAUAAAUAUAUAUG